AAUAAAAACUGUUGCUUCACCCCUAUAUUUUUUUCUCAAGCACUUGAAUACGCCGAGUCUACGCGCGGUGUAAUCUAUUAAUAAAACCGUUUAUUUGCAUUUUUCACUUUAAAAAUUGCUAACCACAUUUCUUAUAACUUAUUUGAGUUUCGUGUUUUUGUUUGUUUGUUGUUGUUGUUUUAUUCAGAGCUGAAAAGUUGCAAGAUGGCGAUCAUCAUGACAGGACUUGUUGUCUUGUUUGUCUCAAUGCUGCCGAUAGGCGUGCAUACUGGCGUCAAUAUGUCACUUGAGUGCUCCAAGCAUAUUCUCCAACCUCGGUAUCGAGCCAAUUGCGGCUUUCCUGGAAUAACUAAGGACCAGUGUGAAAACGGGCAUGGUGGUGGACGAUGUUGCUAUGACACCAGCGUAAAAGGCGUGCCAUGGUGCUUCUUUGGCAUUAAACGUUUGGUUUGCUACAAAGAUGUUAUCAACCCUAAGAAUCGAGUCAAUUGCGGAUUUCCUGGAAUAACUAAGGAACAGUGUGAAAAAAGGCAUGGUGGUAGACGAUGUUGCUAUGACGAUAGCGUGGAAAGCGUGCCAUGGUGCUUCUUUGUGUUUCCAUCAAUUAAAAGACUUCCAAUACGAAAUUCUCCAGUAUUAACAACCAAAAGGUCCAAAAUUGGUAUCGUCUAGGCAAAUUACUAGUCAUUGCUUUAAGUUUUUAAUGAAAUAAUUUUAAGUAUUUGCGGUCAAAAUAGUGCAAAUGAAAAAUUCUAGCCACGUCUCAUUAGCUAACUAGUAAAAAAUAAGUUGGGUGGCCACGGUUAGACACGUCGCACUGUAGUGAAUUGGUUUGAUUGAUGUUUCUGUUUUAGUGUUAUUUAGUCGUAGUCGUAGUCGUAGUCACAUUUAAGUAACAUUUAAUAGUGG